AGCGAUAAGAGCAAACCAUAUACAAACAACAAAGGCAUUCUCAGUGGUGGAUCAUUGUGGUUUUCUCUGCCCAAAAAAAUUGAGAAACUCUAUUCAGAAGAAGAAGAAGCAGUAGUAGUAGCUGCUUCUGGCAAAGCAAUGCCUGUCAUCACCGAAAUUCUAUGCUAAUUUAUCUGAUCUUGACAUUCUCUUUCGUUGUUUUCAUGCAGAUGCUCACUGCAUUGUCUGGAGAAGUGCCUCCGUCUCUGAACAUCCAAGAUCUUGGAGGACAAUGCUAACUCUGAGAACAUCAGGCAGAGGCGAGUUUGAUCCUGCGUGAAAGCUUGUACUGUUUAUAUUAGCAGCCUGUUGCGAGUAUCAAAUAGCUCAGAUGCCAAUUUCAUUCGCUUAGUCAUUGCUGCGAAUUGAUAUAGGUGGAGGGCUAUAUUUCAGGUUGAUUUUCCUGAAGGCAUGGCAUCUGGGUGGGACCAUUUUGGGGAUAUUGCAAAUGUAGCCCAGUUGACAGGCCUGGAUGCUGUGCGGUUGAUUGGGAUGAUUGUAAAAGCUGCAACUACAGCACGAAUGCACAAAAAGAAUUGCAGGCAGUUUGCACAGCAUCUGAAGUUGAUUGGGAACUUGUUGGAGCAGCUCAAGAUCUCAGAGCUCAAAAAGUAUCCCGAAACUCGAGAGCCUCUGGAGCAGCUUGAAGAAUCCCUUAGAAGGGCUUAUAUAUUGGUCAAUAGUUGUCAAGAUCGGAGCUAUCUUUAUUUGUUGGCCAUGGGCUGGAACAUCGUUUAUCAAUUCCGGAGGGCUCAGAGUGAAAUUGAUAGAUACCUGCGCCUUGUUCCUCUCAUUACACUUGUAGACAAUGCUCGAGUCAGGGAGAGACUUGACAUUAUUGAAAGAGAUCAAUGUGAAUACACAUUGGAUGAUGACGAUGAAAAGGUGCAGACUGUUAUUAUGAAACCUGAUCCAGACAAAGAAGAUACUGCAGUGCUGAAGAAAACUCUCUCUUUUUCUUAUCCCAACACGCCUUUCAAGGAAGCACUGAAGAAAGAAAAUGAAAAGCUUAGAGUGGAGCUACAGAGGUCACAAGCAAAUUGGGAUGCGAGUCAAUGUGAAUUCAUUCAACGUUUAUUAGAUGUCACUGAAGUUGCGGCAUAUUCUCUUCCAGAAAAAUUUUCUCCUGAAAAAAAUCAUAAAAUUGUAGAGAACACUUACAUUGAUGCUAAUCAUGACAAAGAACACGCAUAUGAUGACAAGUCUUAUGAGGGAACUGAUGCUGUUUCAACGUCAAGAUAUUCAUCUGGAGGUUCAUAUCAGGAGGAAGAAUGGCAUACAGAUUUACUUGCUUGUUGCAAUGAACCUUUUCUUUGUAUGAAGACGUUCUUCUAUCCCUGCGGGACAUUUUCAAAGAUUGCUACUGUUGCAAAGAACAGACCCAUAU